AUGUACAAUAUACAAAGUUCUAAUGCAAUGUGUAUUUUCUCUAGUUCCAUGAAUAUGCUUGGACAUCAGCCACCUACGUCUCAUCACGAGUCCGCCUUCAAUGCAACCACAACUGCAAAACCGCGUUUAACCGUUGCACCAUACACCGACGUCACCCUCUGCACGCACAAAGCUUCCGCUGGUCGCACUACUGCAGCGGACCUCCGAUCCACCACCAAAAUCACCGACAUACACUCCCGCUGCAGUGCGUGUGACAGUAUGCGCCCAUUGUGUUGCACCAAACCAAAAACAUCCAACAACCAUGCAGAAUCCGACCGCCUCCUCAAACCGCGAAACUCUGUCACAGAUCCGACCGCUUCAACCGCGAAUCCGAUUCUGACAGCCAGCCACACAUCAGACCAUUCGUCGCCGCAUCGCUUCUCUAAGCCGCGUCACCUGGAGCAAAUCCGCCACCGGUAA